GACCAUUCUCCUGAGCGUGAUCUCGCUGCUGAAUGAACCCAACACGUUUUCUCCCGCCAACGUGGAUGCCUCCGUGAUGUACCGCAAGUGGAAGGAGAGCAAAGGGAAGGACCGGGAGUACACGGACAUCAUCAGGAAGCAAGUCCUGGGCACGAAGGUGGACGCUGAGCGGGACGGCGUGAAGGUCCCCACCACGCUGGCAGAGUACUGCGUGAAGACCAAGACUCCAGCCCCAGAUGAGGGCUCUGACCUGCUCUAUGAUGACUAUUACGAGGAUGAUGAGAUGGAGGAGGAAGCAGACAGCUGUUACGGUGAUGAAGAUGACUCUGGCAAUGAGGAAUCUUGAUGGCCCUCUGGCAUUGCAAAACUUGCUAUAAACUACUGAAUUUUACCUCAACUAGGACAAACUCAUUUGCAUUUAGGAUCUGUCAGCCCUGAAAUUAACUCUACCUAGCAGGGAGACUGUUCUGCUGUUGCAAAGGAAAACCCACCACUAUCUUUGUAGAAAAA